AUGAGCAUCCACUCCCCACCCACACUGGAGGAGCUGGCAAGGCAGGCGCUGCUGAGAAAUGAGGCCUUGGCCAUCUCUGCUCUGGAGACCCUGCCCUGGACACUCUUCCCACUACUGUUCGUGGAUGCCUUCAAUGGAGAACACACUAGGAUUGUGAAGGCAAUGGUGGCAGCUUGGCCUUUGCCCUACCUCCCUGUGGGGGCGCUGAUGAACACCUUCAACCUGGAGGUCUUACAGGAUAUGCUGGAAGGACUGGAUGUCCUACUGACACAGAAUGUUCACCCCAGAUAUGAGCUGACUGGGCCUCUGAAGGUGAUAACUGACCUUUACUUCAGGUUCCAACUGGAUGAAAAAGAAACAAACUUCUUACAGUGGGCCCAGCAGAGAAAAGACUCCCUACAGCUCUGCUGUGUGAACAUGAAGAUUGAGUCAUUGUCCCUGGAUAAUGUCAGGAAGAUUCUGACAGUUUUCCAGCCUGAGCACAUCCAGGUGUUGGAACUCAGUAUAGAUUGGAGUUGGUGCACUCUGGCACAAUUUUCUCCCUACCUAGCUCAGAUGAGAAAUCUUCACACGCUUUCUCUAGUGCAAAUCCACAAGAAUAGAUUUGGGCUUGAUGAUAUAACAUACUUAGAAGAGAAGUUUGUCAGAAGAUUCCUUUCUCAGUUCUCCACACUCAGCCGUCUCCAGCAUCUCUAUUUGAAUGGUAUCUCUCUUGUCGGUGACCAGGUGAAACUCUUGCUCAGGAACCUGAAGACGCCCUUGGAAUCCUUCUCCGUCACCCACUGCCUGGUCUUCCGGUCACACUUGAGUCACCUGUCCCAGUGUGAGCGCCUCCAUCAACUCAAACACCUGGACAUGUGUGGUGUUCUUCUGUCCUAUAUGUUGUGUAUGAAUCCUCUUAGAGUUCUCCUAGAGAAAGUGGCAAAUACUCUUGAGACUCUGGGAUUUCAGGGCUGUGGGAUAACGGACUCCCAACUCAGCGUUCUCCUACCUGCCCUCAGCCAAUGCUCGAAGCUCACCAAGAUUAAUUUUUAUUUUAAUGACUUCUCUGUGAAUGCCCUGAGUGACCUUUUCCUCCACACAGCCAACUUUACCAAGAUGGCCGUGGAGCAGUACCCUGCCCCUGUGGAGUGCUAUGAUGAAUUCGGUUACUUCUCCAGAGAGAGAUUUAUACAACUUUGCCCCAUGCUCAUGGAUACACUCAGGACCAUUAGGCAGCCCAAGGAUAUCUCCUUUGCUGCACUUCUCUGCAGUAGUUAUAAUCACUGUGUGUACGGCCUGGAGUCCAGAGUUUGUACCUGCCAGAGGUAA